AUGUUUUCACCUGCAGUCAAUGCCGGUGCUCCUGCUCCUGUAAGGAGUAGUAGAAGACGUCCACGACCUCACUCGAAUGAGAACUCAUUAGCACAACCAAAAAGCAAGAGAGUUCGAAGCUCAUAUAAUGACCAGACUUUCGCGCCGAAUGGUACGCCUGAAAUGGAUGAGGCAAAAAGUAAUAAAGUAGCUACUUUAACGAAGCGCGAAAGUCCCAAGGAGGCAUCAAAUCCAAGACGAGAGAUAGCAGUGAGAGGCAAGAAGUCGAAAGGAGGAGAUCGGGCUGGGAAAGGAGAUGGAAGCGUCGUUCUUACUAAGAAUGAUACCUAUACAGUCAGUAAACUUCUAGCGCUUCCCGAUCAAAUUCGCACAGAUAGCACAGCUCGCCAGCACGGCGCAAUAUUUUCGGAUAGUGGUUAUGCACUUGCGCUCACCUAUUCCCACGCAUUUGUUUGGCCAUACGCUAUCAACAUUCCUUCUCCCGAAACUUUCACAUUCGCUUUACCUCAUAGCACUAAGCAUGGAUCCGAUCCUCUUCCCCUUGGCUCGUUAGUUUCGCCCUCUGCAUCAUCCUCGGAGCCAGGCCUUGUCGUCGUUAUACCUACCACCGGCAAAAUCACAUAUUGGGAAUCUAUCGCCAGCGCCGCUACGCUUGACCUGAUCAAAUUAAAAAGCAAUGGAGUUGGAUCAACUAUACCAGGAAUGCUUUCCGGAGAAACCGUUGUGCAACUUUUGAAUGCGGAAACGGCUGGAUUUAUUCUGGCAUUUAGUACCGGACGACUGGCUUACUUGAGAGUCAGGGAUGGCCAUGGAAGACCCGAGAUAUCUGUUCAAUUUUUGAGAGGAUCAAGCGGACCUUUAGCCGGAGGCAUAUUUGGCAGUCUUCGAAAUGCGCUGUCUAGCUCAGCAUGGCGUGGAGACAUUGCCGCUGUUCGCGCCGGACCACAGGAGCAUGUAGGAGAUCGAAAUGUUGUCGUCGCAACAGGAAAGGGAAGAAUACAACUCUGGAACCUUCAGAGAGAUGGACAGAAUGCUCUGCACGCCGAAGCCGAGGGACGGGAAGCAAUCGUUAGGGAAAUUAAAAAGUCCGAACCUACUCUAUCCGACCUCUCGUUGGAAACGUUCGAGGUUCUUGACUUCACCUUCAAAGCUCAAUCAUUGGAGAACCACGACGACGAAGGAGAUCACCUACUUUUGCUUACAUCCCUCUCUAAUCGGCAUGUCAGUUACUACACCCUCGUCGACGUUGUCCUUAUGCGGGACCAGUUGAUCGUGGAAAACGUUCGAUUGAUCAAAUCUUAUACCACUCCAGUCAACAAGCAUGCGAUUUCAAAGGCACGAAUUUACCUACCCAAUCCAGAACUUGUUACAUACAUUGUCUUUGACCGUGCUGUAGUUGUUGUUUCAAGGGCAAAACAGGCCGACUCGCCCGACUCACAACUUCGUUCUGAGAACCACACCCUUUCGCCUUCGUUCGAAGAUGUGGUAGACUUCAGAGAGGAUACAAAUGUUGAAGUUGUCGGAUCGGGCAUGGAAGAACCGCAAAAUAUGCCACAUGGUAUUGAGGAAGCAAAGUCGCGCAAAUUCAAGGCAAAGCACCCCGCUGCGGUUCUACUCGUUCGAGGCGGGGGUGUGAUUCGAGUGGCGGCGACCGAUAUUGACAAACUCGCAUCCAGCACAGGACAGCAAGUCACUGCAAAGAGCAAGUUAGAACAAGCAGUAUUUUUUGGGACAAUGGCACAGAAUCCGUUGAAUUUUGCAGGUAGAUCAGAAUUGCAAUUUCCUGCGGAAGAAGUUGGAGCAGCCGCUCUGAAAUUGAGUUUUGAGAUUAUGCAAUCAAAAACUCCUUUCAUUCCUUCGGUGUCUGCCUCACUCGAACAGCAUCUCAAAAAACGAGCUACAUCUCUUCAUGAUCUUGCUAAGCAUCUCAAAGCGACUGGUGUAGCGCUCGACAGGGUCACGCGAUGGAAGUUACUUUGGGAUGCCGAGAAGAUGACGGCGGCAAUAAUUGUCUGGCAGCGGUAUGAUAGUCGUAUUCGAGAGCUACCAGAAGGACAGAAGCGUGGGAUUCUCGCAGAACUUGUGGACCACAUUCACGAAGACUUUAAAACAGAGCCUGUUGCUGAGAAGGGCGAAGUCGAUCGUGUUCGACAUUAUUUCAUACACGAUAUUGCUCAAUUACAUUUCGCUAUACCGUGGGCAUUCCAGAUCCUCAAAUAUGCCUGGCUGGAUGGCAAGAAUACUCCUGCUCAAAUAGUGGAGACAUUGAGUCAAUCUGACGAUACGAUGAUUGGUGCAUUAGAGGGUGCGUUUGACUUUCGGAUGGACAAUUUAGGACUAUAUGGACUGCAAUCAGAAAUAUUGUCAUACGGAAUAUUAGAAGAAGGCUACGAGGGACUCCCAGAGUUUUGGACUUCGACUUUCUACAUCGCCGAAAAUAUUCGAAAGCAAACAGACCUUGUAUCUAUGCUACUUGUAGACUAUUGGAAUAAGCCUGUUAAAGAAGGCAGCCCUGAUACUGCAAUUCUCGACAAAAUACGACUAGAGCAUCCGUCUCUUAUUGAUAUGGCCAUCCGAUCCAACUUGGAAAGAGUACGUUGGAUAUCAGCACAAGACUCACCACAACUUCAAAUGCAGGCAGAAGGACUCCAAAAUCUACAAUCUGAUGCACAAAAUAACCAAUUACAGCGUCUUGCAUCUGAUUGGGGCCUCCCCGAUGAAGCAAUGAAACUUGCUGAAAAUCACGAAAUUCUACCGACGCUGACUGCUAUUCUGAUGUAUGAGGUCGGUGUUUGUGCCGAUAGACUUCGUAUGCCGGGAAUUGACCAAGAUGAAUUCGAACAGCUUGGUCAACGAGCAAAAGCCCUCAGUGACCGGAUGGACAAGUAUUUUGCAACCUUCGGUGCGAGUUGGGCUACCGCUCUCUAUGAAUAUUACAUCAGUACGGGAGGACUGCCAGAGAUGCUUAAUGAGUAUCAAAAUCAAGGAGCAUUCCUCACGGCGUUUCUGCGCGACAAACCGGAGUAUGCUAAAAUUGGUUGGAUUCACGAGAUCACUCGAGAAAGGGAUUACGACGAGGCCGCGAGAAUGCUUCUUGAACUUGGACUUGAUCGAGAACAAGAUGUCUGGAGCAAACAGAUUGAGCUUAGCAUCGGCAAGCUGUCGCGUAUGGCAGGUCGGAAUUAUAGUCAGACAAACGGGAUUAUUAUUCCUGAUGGAGGUGAGGCGGAACUUAUCAGAGCAAACCAAGAGCUUGGAUUAAUCAAGAUCCAAGAUCUGAUCUACAAUUACAUACAUCCCUCCAUCAACACGGCCAUAGAUGACAACGCAGAAGUUCAACUUGCUUUAGAAGCUCAUGGCAACAAGAGUUUGAAGCGGCAGUUCUCUUUCAUGAACCUUCUUGAAAAUAGCAUGACUCAUCUCGUCAAGCAUGAGGCUAUGGAUGCAUUUUGUUUGGUAGACUUGCUUACCUUGAUGGGUGAUAAUUUCAGAACCAUGGAACAAGAUGACUUUAGCCUUGGCAGGUUUUAUUGGGCACUUGAAGCUAUUCGUUUGGGAGCUUCAAAUAAGGAGGAGAAGCUGCUCAUGCAACGUGUUAUCUGGAGAAGAUGUCUUUUGAGAGAUGAUUGGGCUGCGAUGAACAAUACAGAGGCUAAAGACGAUCAACUAGUAGAAGAUCAGUUGAAGACAACAGCAUUGUAUUGGACACUCAAGGCCUGCUUCAAGAAUCGUAUCUUCGAAAAGGAUCUCACGAUCAAGGCAUUGAGUCCCCAGGAAGUCAUCGGGGCAUGCACAAAUGAGCUAGAACAACGCUGGUCCCGGAUUGACGCCAGUAUGCGCGAACGCAUGAUGCAAGAUUAUCAAAUCGAAGACGCCGAACUAAAUAUAUAUUUCGAGGCGGCUAGAAUCGAAAAAUGGCAUCAACAGGCGCUGGAGCUCGCAAAACAAGACUUUAGAAAUGAAAUCGGGGCGGAGACUAAUGAGGGGUCGGUUAUGGAUAGAGAAGCAGCUAGGACGCUAGAGGAUCUAGAGAGGAGUAUUGCUGAUAAUGAGAAAGGCAAGGCGGAGGGCAUGUUGAUGUCGAAGCCAAGGCAUAGGGUUAGACCAAAGUUUGAUGGGAGAGUUAGUGCUAGUGGGAGUGUGAGUGUGAGGACAGGAAGUUUUAGAAGCUCGGUGAAGUUAUAUUGA